GCUUCUCAAUGCAAAUAAGAUCAACUGCCUGAGAGUAAACACAUUUCAAGAUCUGCAUAAUCUUAAUUUGUUAUCUCUCUAUGAUAAUAAACUGCAGACUAUCAGCAAAGGACUUUUUGUUCCUCUCCAGUCAAUUCAAACUUUGCAUUUAGCUCAAAAUCCAUUUGUGUGCGACUGCCAUUUGAAGUGGCUGGCUGAUUACCUGCAGGAUAAUCCAAUAGAAACCAGCGGAGCUCGAUGCAGCAGUCCGCGUCGUCUUGCCAACAAACGAAUCAGCCAGAUCAAGAGCAAGAAGUUCCGUUGCUCAGGUUCAGAGGACUACAGGAGUAGAUUCAGUGGGGAGUGUUUUAUGGAUCUCAUCUGUCCUGAAAAAUGCCGCUGUGAGGGAACAUUUGUGGACUGUUCCAACCAAAAGCUUACUCGCCUCCCCAGCCACCUCCCAGAAUAUACCACAGAUCUUCGUCUACAUGAUAAUGAUAUUUCAAUUCUGGAAGCUACUGGAAUAUUCAAGAAGCUCCCUAGUCUACGAAAAAUCAAUUUAAGUAAUAACAAGAUCAAAGAGAUCCGUGAAGGCACUUUUGAUGGGGCAGCGGGAGUGCAGGAACUGAUGUUGACAGGGAAUCAGCUGGAAUCUGUGCAUGGACGAAUGUUUAGAGGUCUCACAGGGCUCAAGACACUGAUGCUCAGAAGCAACAUGAUCAGUUGUGUAAACAAUGACACAUUCAUGGGACUGAGCUCAGUAAGAUUACUCUCUCUGUAUGACAAUCGCAUUACUACAAUAACCCCAGGAGCCUUCAAUACACUUGUUUCUUUAUCUACAAUUAAUUUGCUGUCUAAUCCAUUUAACUGUAACUGCCACUUGGCAUGGUUGGGGAAAUGGUUAAGGAAGAGAAGAAUUGUCAGUGGAAAUCCACGUUGCCAGAAACCCUUCUUCUUAAAGGAGAUUCCAAUUCAAGAUGUGGCUACACAGGAUUUCACAUGCGAUGGCAACACUGAAAACAGCUGUCAUUUCUCUCCCCGUUGUCCAGACCAGUGUACCUGUGUGGACUCUGUAGUUCGCUGUAGUAAUAAAGGGUUGCGGUUCCUCCCAAAAGGUGUCCCCAAAGAUGUGACUGAACUAUACCUGGAAGGAAACCAUUUAUCUGCUGUGCCAAAGGAACUUUCUGUGUUCCGACACUUAACAUUAAUUGACUUGAGCAACAACAGCAUCAGCAUGUUGGCCAAUUACACCUUCAGUAAUAUGACACAGCUAUCAACACUGAUCCUAAGCUACAAUAGGCUACGGUGUAUUCCAGUUCAUGCAUUUAAUGGCCUUAAAUCUCUCCGAGUGUUGACUCUUCAUGGCAACGAUAUAUCCAGUGUCCCUGAAGGGUCUUUUAAUGAUCUUGUGUCACUUUCCCAUCUGGCACUUGGUACAAAUCCUUUACACUGCGACUGCAACCUGCGCUGGCUUUCUGAGUGGGUAAAAGCAGGCUACAAAGAGCCAGGCAUUGCACGGUGUAGUAGUCCAGAUGACAUGACAGAUAGGCUUUUGCUAACAACACCAACUCAGCACUUCCAAUGCAAAGGAGUUGUCGACAUCAGUAUUUUGUCCAAAUGUAACCCUUGCCUAUCCAGGCCCUGUAAAAAUAAUGGGACUUGCAACAAUGAUCCAGUGGAUUUUUACCGAUGUACCUGCCCAUUUGGCUACAAGGGUCGAGAUUGCAGCACGCCUAUUAAUGCUUGCAUUCAGAAUCCAUGCCAGAAUGGGGGAACUUGCCAUCUCACUGACACAAAUCAAGAUGGAUUCAGUUGUUCCUGCUCUAUUGGAUUUGAAGGGAAGAAAUGUGAACUGAAUCCAGAUGACUGUGAAGAUAACGAUUGUGAGAACAACUCAACUUGUAUGGAUGGGAUAAACAAUUAUGCCUGCCUUUGUCUUCCCAACUAUACAGGAGAACUCUGUGAUGAAGUAAUCAACCAUUGUGUGCCUGAACUGAACCCUUGCAAGCAUGAAUCCAAAUGUAUUUCUCUUGAUAGAGGAUACAGGUGUGAAUGCUUACCCGGCUACAGUGGAAAGCAGUGUGAAACAGAUGAUGAUGACUGUGUGGGACACAAAUGCCGCCAUGGUGCGAUGUGUGUAGAUGCUGUAAACGGAUACACCUGCAUUUGUCCUCAAGGAUUUAGUGGACUCUUCUGUGAAAAUCCACCACCCAUGGUUCUCCUCCAGACCAGUCCUUGUGAUUAUUAUGAAUGCCAAAAUGGAGCGCAGUGCAUUGUCGUGCAGCAGGAACCAGUCUGCCGUUGCCUGGCAGGUUUUGCUGGCCAGAAGUGUGAGAAACUCAUUACCGUCAAUUUUGUUGGGAAGGAUUCCUACGUUGAGCUUCCACCAGCCAAAAUCCGCCCUCAAGCAAACAUCUCGCUUCAAGUCGCAACAGAUAAAGACAAUGGCAUCUUAUUAUACAAAGGGGACAAUGAUCCCCUGGCUUUAGAAUUGUAUCAAGGUCACGUGAGGCUUAUCUAUGACACAUUGAAUGCUCCACCCACAACUAUAUACAGUGUGGAAACAGUAAACGAUGGACAGUUUCACAGUGUGGAGCUGGUAAUGAUGAACCAGACCUUGAACUUAGUAGUAGAUAAAGGCACUCCCAAAAGCCUUGGCAAACUUCAGAAACAGCCCGUGGUUGGUCAGGACACUCCACUCUACAUUGGAGGAAUUCCCACAUCUACAGGGCUGUCUUCACUACGGCAGGGUACAGAGAGGACACCAAGUGGUUUUCAUGGGUGCAUUCAUGAUGUCCGAAUUAAUAAUGAGCUCCAGGAUUUCAAAGAACUACCACAUCAGUCAGUAGGAGUCCUUCCUGGUUGCAAAUCCUGUAACAUCUGUAAGCAUGGAAUUUGCCGCUCUCUUGAAAAGACAAGUGUGGUCUGUGAGUGCCAUCCAGGCUGGACAGGUUCACUAUGUGAUCAAGAAGUUAACGAUCCCUGCCUUGGUAACAAAUGCCUUCAUGGAAAAUGCAUCCCCACCAACUCUGCUUACACAUGUAAGUGUACAGAAGGUUACACAGGUAUGAACUGUGAUCGAAAGAAUGAUUCCUCCAACUCCUGCAGACUUCUAAAGUGUAACCAUGGGCAGUGUAAGAUCUCUGCACAAGGGGAACCCUACUGCGAAUGUGAUCCAAGCUACAGUGGAGAGCGUUGUGAUAGAGAAAAUGUGUGUCAAGCAGAGAUUAUUCGUGAAUUCAUUCGGAAGCAGCAAGGCUCCAUCUCUUGUGUCUCCAUGGUAAAGAUACCGCGUGUGGAAUGUCAUGGCACGUGUGGGAACAAUCAGUGUUGUGUCGUCCUCCGCAGCAAAAGGCGGAAAUACAGCUUCCAGUGUGUGGAUGGCUCCUCCUUUACAGAAGAGCUAGAGAGACACGUGGAGUGUGGCUGUGCAAAGUGUUUAUAAGCAUACGAUCGGCCUCUUUGCCCUUUGUAUCAAAUCUGCUUUCAAAAACAGGACCUAUUUACUUUUAAGUGAAGAAGAGAAUAUUAAGUAUAUUGUAAAAUAAGCAAAAAAAGUUAUUUUUAUUAUAAAAAGUGACUAUUUUCAUCUUUUAUUAUAUAAAAUCUGACCAUUCUGGGUAUAUGUAUCAUAUAUGAGUUAUUUUUACUAUGGAUUUUUUUUUUUUUACAGUUGGUAAAAAAAAUGGGAAAAAUAUUCCAAACCUAAACACAGGGAUUAAAAAAAAGAGUAUAGUUGAUAAGCUUUGCACAGUGGCCAGAUGUGAAAGGAAUUCAAACUGUUUGCCACAGAAUUAAUGAAACAGGAGUUGAAAUGGUCUGGAUAGAUACACAGUAAGAGCUAUAGCAUUCUGUCAUCAUUUUUGUCCAGGAAUACUCAGUUAAUAUCCCUCUCUCUUGAAAAUGAGAGUGCUAGUUAUAUUUGUCACUGUUGUGAUUUGCUUGAUACCAUUGCUGAGCGCGCGCACGCAUGCACACACACACACUGUUACAACACUGCCGUAGCUUGGGCCUUAUGCAUAGAUGUUGUUAUCCACACAUUAAUGCAAUGGUAAUAGUAAUGUAUUUUGUCUUCUGUAUAUGAUUGAUUCUCACACAAUUACAUUUAUCAUAUGUUGGGGACCUAGCACAAUCACUCAUACAUAGUAAAUUUUGAAAAUGUAUUCUUUAUGAUUUUUUAGAGUAACAAACUGAAAGUUUUGUGAAACUCAUAAUGAAUACCAGAGGGAAUUAUCCAGUUACCUGGCACAUAGUUCCUUGUCCUUCCAGCCUGUGAACUAGCCCUCUCUUGCUGACCCCCUGUAUCUGCAUAGGCAGAGCGUCUUGCAUGCAUCCACAAGCAAAGAAAGGGUGAGAAGAUAAUUUCCUGUGGUGGUGAGCUUCUCAUUUGCCAUUCCAUGUGAUUUAGUUUUUUGGGCUUCUAGUUACAAGGCAGAAUGGUAAAGAAUGCACUGAAACACUGCCUUACCUGAUCAUGACAAUCCAUUUAAAAAGUAUUUACAGAGAUAUAUUUUACUUAAUCCAAGGGUGUGGUUUGUGUAAUUAUUACCUAAAUAUCAGCUCUUUGCAAAUGACCACUGCAUAUGUUGAGGUGGCUAUGAUUUUGCAAGUUGUAAGAGGUGUGUUUUUUUUUUCACCCCCUCCAGAUAUGGGUUGAAGCCACAUAUGGCAAUUACCUGAAAUAGUUUCUGACUCCCAGCAUGUAUAAGUCUUCCCAUCAGCCUUGUCUCCACCUGUGGCUGGACUGCUAGCUAUGACAUGGGGAGUUCUUAAGUGAUAGCAAUAUAGCGCAUGUUACGCUUUCCACAUGAGAGAGCCAUGUUACCAAAGCUGUUUCACUUAGCCCUCAGCAUUCUAUCAUCGCGUCUUAAAAAAAGAGCUUUGGAAAGGGGAAUGUUAACAGAAGGAGACAUCUAAGAAAGCUGUACUUCUUCAGCACCGUAAAUGCCCUUCGCAUUUUGCACAACUGCGUCUGGCUUCUUUUCUCAGAUUGCUUUCCUUUUGCUUGGCAUUGUAGUAGUAAUGGGAAAGCCUCCCUUUCCAAGGAGCCAUGGAUGAGGGUGAGAUAAUUUUCAGAAGGGCUGGAAAAAGGGAGAAUGGGAAACAGAGCUCCCCACGUCCCAAUAACGCCCUGCAAUUGUAGCAGAAUUCCUCAGUUUGGGACCAAUAGGCCAUAGCCACAUUCAUCAGGAGCAACAGUCUAAUACAUUUGCCUUUGAAACAGCCAAGAGAAUGAAUGCUCUUGGUGUCUAUUCUACUAAGAACAGAUUUUCGUUUUCUUAUCACACUUCAUGCAUUCACAUUUCAGAAGUCUGAAAACAUUUAAGAGUCUUUAUUCUAUUACAGUCUUUUGAAAGCCACAAUAGUUUGUUCAGAUUUCCUUAUGGAUUCUCAGGAUAAUUUUAGGCAGGAGGGAAAUAACUGAUACAAUGGUUGCCUUUCAGAAUAAAUGGUAAUACAUGGAGCCUGCAAUCAGUGUAACGUAAAACAAUCACUAGUUACUUUGCCAAAUAGUGAUUGAAAUAAUACAGUUCAGGAGCUGGCAGGGGAGAAAAGGGUUGCAGUGGAGAGUGGGAUUUGUUAUUUUGAGCACAAUAUGUGAUCUGGAAGCAGCUGGAAUUUAUAACACAGAAAUGCACCACUGUCUGCAGAGACCAAAAGUUUGCAAAAACAAAUGCAGCAACGUUCUUUUGUGUGAAUAAGACUUCGACACAAGGCACCCUUUCCCUAAUGCUUUCUUCUUUUGCACGGCAUCUGUUACCCGAAAAGCUACUGCCCCUGUUGCAGAGUAUGAUAAUUCAGCCAAAAUAGGCAGAUCUUAGAGUUGAAAUGCUACUAAAGAAUGUAUACUCCUAAAAAGGAAACGAAAAAAUUCUGUAUUAAGAUAGUAACAAAGAAGGUACAGUCUAUACAAUUCAUUGUCUUCUUUUAGCAAAAUGACAUCUUUGAUAAGUUCAAAAAAAAAAAAAAGCCAUCAGCAUCUUGUGAAAUAAUCCCAAAAAUGUAUACAGAACUUCCAAGCUGAACAAGAAUCAACCACAGUGGAGUAAAACUCGCUGCCUUCCAUCGAUAUAUAUUUGGAUUAGAAGACUUAGAAGAAUAGACACUUUAUUUGCUUGCCGCCAUUAGAUAGUUCAUGCUGUAUUGUGUUUCAAUUGAUGAUACGGAAUCUAAUUUCUUGGUCUCUGUUUUUUUUAAGUGCCAAAAGAUCUAUGAAGUUAGUUUAAAAAGUGUUAAUUAGAUCUCUCUAAGCUGUCAAAAUGACAGUGCGUUUCAGCUAUUGUACGUGGAAUGCAGUAGCCUACUUUUUAAAAUUAAUAUAAAGAAAAUUGUUGUUGUGGAUUAGUAUGAAUUUUGUGUAUUUUACCGGAUUGUCCUAUUGUGAUGUAAUAAAUUUAAGUAAAUUGUUGGGUUACGGAUAAUUGUACCUUGUCCUGUGUUGCUAUUUUUCUGUCAGUUGGGCACAUAUCCACGUGCUUUGAUUGACUAAGAACACAUUCCAGACAUUCUUGAACCUGUUAGCCAUCUCUUGGGCUAGGGCCACACAGGAGAACGUGUAUAAUUUAAGAGGUGCAAUGACCCCUAAAAACUGAUUACUCUGUCAACUGACAGGAGACUUUUAUAUAGUUAGUUAAUUUCUGAUCUCAUGCAGGUGAACCACAAGUGGAAACAAUCUGAGCUAUUAAAACACUGAGCAGAAGAAAAUCUUUAAUAUAUUUUUAAUUGAUCGCUUUUAAUGUAUUUACAAGGUUUAUUUAUUUAUAAAAUUUAUAUACCAUUUCAGUGUAAUUGGGCUGUAAAUGAAAAUCAUGUUAGAUUUAAGGCAAAUGUGGACAUCUGGCCCAAGGUAUAGA